GACGGCGCUGGGCGGGCGGCGGCGAUGGGGCCGUGCUGAGGCUCCGCGGGUGCCCAUGAGGCGCCGGGCAGAGCCGAGCCGAGCCGGGCGGGCUCCAGCCAUGCUUCCCGGUCCGCCCGCGGGCACAUGGGGCAGCGCUUGAACCGCUGCCUCGAUGUCCCCGUUGCGUUGCCGCCGCUGAGGCGGAGGCUACUGCUGCUCUUCAUCAUGCUCUUCCUCUGGCUCUAUAUGUUCUACUCGUGCGCCGGCUCCUGCGCCGGGCUAACGACCCGCGGGUCACCCGCACCGUCCCGCGUCGCCCCACCGCUGUCCCCGCUGCUGCCGGGAGAGCCGGGCGAGGAGAGCAGCCUGGAGGAGCAGCGGGCAGCUCCCGACGCCAGCAGCCCCAUCUCCAGCUUCUUUAACGGCUCCGGUACCAAGCGGCUGCCGCAGGCCAUCAUCAUCGGCGUGAAGAAGGGGGGGACGCGGGCGCUGCUGGAGUUCCUGCGGGUGCACCCCGAUGUGCGCGCCGUCGGCGCCGAGCCUCACUUCUUCGACCGCAACUACGAGCGGGGACUCGCCUGGUACAGGGACCUGAUGCCCAGGACACUGGAGGGACAGAUCACCAUGGAGAAGACCCCCAGCUACUUUGUGACCAAGGAGGCCCCAGCCCGCAUUUCCUCCAUGUCCAAGGGCACCAAGCUGAUCGUGGUGGUGCGGGACCCCGUGACCAGAGCCAUCUCGGACUACACCCAAACGCUCUCCAAGAAGCCUGACAUCCCCACCUUUGAGAGCCUGACCUUCAAAAACAGGACUACAGGCCUGAUUGACACCUCAUGGAGCGCCAUCCAGAUUGGCAUCUAUGCCAAGCACCUGGAGAACUGGCUCCUCUACUUCCCCAUCGGGCAGAUCCUCUUUGUCAGCGGGGAGAGGCUCAUCAGCGACCCUGCGGGGGAGCUGGGCAGGGUCCAGGACUUUCUGGGCCUCAAGAGGAUCAUCACUGACAAACACUUCUACUUCAACAAAACCAAGGGCUUCCCGUGCCUGAAGAAGGCGGAGGGCAGCAGCAAACCCCACUGCCUGGGGAAGACCAAAGGCAGGACCCACCCUGACAUAGACCAGGAGGUGGUGCAGAGGCUGAGGGACUUCUACCGGCCCUUCAACAUGAAGUUCUACCAGAUGACAGGGCAGGACUUUGGCUGGGACUGAAAGAAAUAAUUUAAGAAAAGGAAAAUAUAAUAUAAUAUAUAUAUUUUUUUUACCUAUCAGUAGAGAGGGGGGAAAUACGGGGGGAAAAAAAAAUAGCUGUGCUGAAACAUGAUUUGCUCUUGAUUUGUUUUGGUUUUUUUUUUCUUUUUUCCUUUCUUCUCUCAGAGAAAGGUGCUGUGUACAUCCAGAAAAGGAGGCUGUGAACAGCAGCCUGGUCUUGUUGGUACAAUGGGCCCAGGGUUUAGCACUGCCUCUGUAAAAAAACACAGGUGCAGAGUUUUUAGAAGUGACAGGGGUAGCUCAGAGUCUUCCUGAAAGUUCAGCCAGGUUUUGGCUUGCAAGUGCCAUUUUCACCAGACCUCACCACUUUUGACAAUAAAACAAAGGAGGCUUAAUACCUAAUUUGGCUUUCCAAAUGUUACCUCAAGGGAUUUUUUUAUUGCAUGAAACAUUUGGUGAAUUUUACUUCCACUUAUCCAAUUUUUUGUUUUACUUUUACCCCCCUUAAAUCAAGCUCUUUUCAUCAGCCAAACUUAUUUUUCCUCUUAAGGAAGCCAAAACCAAUAAUCCUUUGUUUUGUUUUGAGACAAAAUAAUCUUGGUAGCCAAAAGUGAAAGAACACAAAUGAUUCUUUCGACUCUAUAAUGAAAAUUGCCAGGUAGUCAAAAGGCCUCAUUCACAGGAGCUGGCUCCAAACCAGUGCUCCCUAUUGCAUCCCUUCUGCUACUCUGACAGCAAAAUGGUUUUCCAAGGUAUUUUUUUCUAAGGGGGGCCCAUC